AUGCGUUUCGCACUUCAGGCCUCUUCGGAGAUGAUGGCCCUUGGCCUCAACGCCACUGCCUUUGGUGUCGCCACCUACCUCCCGUGCCGCUACUUUGGCCCCAUGAUGUUCCCACGCCGGGCGGCAAGGGCUCAGGCUCGAGCUGAGCAGCGUGCUCUUCACACCAACGCUGCCUCGGUCGGUGCUGGUACCGCUGCUGUUGCCGGUGCUGCUGCCGGCAGCCAGAUUGGUCGUGGCCAGCAUGGCUGGAUCGGAAGUGCCAGGGCCCUGUUCAGGCUCGGCACCAGGGGCCGUGGUGGCGGCAGCUGGAGGAGCUAA